GCAAUUUGUAGCCUUGUGCCGCUUUGGGUCUUCGGUUUCCUUGGCUCUUUACCAUAAACAUGACAGAGACUUGAGUACAUCCUUGGGGGGAGAGACACUCUCCUGAGAAUCCCUUUCGCGUUUUCACUUUCCUCUUCCCUUCUUUCUUUCGCCUAUUUAAUCCUAUCAUUCUCCUGCCUUAGGGUUUUUUUUUCGUGUGGUGGUCUGGUAGAACUGCCAGCCUGCAGAAAAGUUGGCAUUACCUGCUCAAAAUUUCAAGACUAAAGCUAGCGCACGCUUGGUGGACUGCCCAAUAUGAGCUAGGUGAAUUGUGAUUCUGAUAAGCCUUCCUCUCUCUCUCUUUUAUUGCUCCAUCACUGAUUGCCUUUUCAUUUGAAAUUAUUUCUGGAUUAAAAAAAAAAAAAACCAAUAGCCUUCUCAUUGCUUCGUCGUUAUUUCACUAAUCUUCCAUUCCCACCUACAAUUUCUUUGAAAUCUGAGUGUUAAAGCUGUCUGUGAGUUUUGGCGUGGUAGACGGAGAGAGUGUUCUCUUUUGGCUAUGGCAGUGUCCAAAUGUAAGUAGGAUUGUGUUCGAUGACAGCGGUUAACAUGUUUUAUCGGUCUGCCUUAUGAUCUGAAGGAUGUCAAGAAACAGGUAUGAGUGGUUAUAUAACCACACCCAUUUGAAGAUGGCUUGGAUUCCUCAUCAAAUCCAGGAAAAAGAUGGGUAUUUGAACUACCCACCACCGGUUUUGUCUUCAUAUCCAUCCUCAUUCCCAGGUUCUCUCCGCGACGAAUCAAUGUCUUCUUCGUCAUCACCUCCAUCCGGUGGCAGUACUAGAAUUAGUCCGGCUGUUCUUUUCAUUAUAGUGAUUCUAGCUGUGUUGUUUUUCGUAUCUGGUCUGCUUCAUCUGCUUGUCAGAUUUCUCGCGAAGCACCCAUCAUCUGCUCCGUCUGCUCAAUCCAACGGACACCAGGACAUUUCUAGCUCUGAUGCUCUGCAGAGACAGCUCCAGCAACUUUUCCAUCUCCAUGACUCAGGGCUGGAUCAAGCUUUCAUUGACGCACUUCCUGUUUUCCAGUACAGAGAAAUCGUGGGUCUGAAAGAGCCAUUUGACUGUGCUGUUUGUCUCUGUGAAUUCUCUGAAAAUGACAAGCUCAGAUUGCUUCCUACCUGCAGCCAUGCUUUUCACAUCGAUUGCAUAGACACCUGGCUCCUAUCCAAUUCGACAUGCCCACUCUGCAGAGGAACCCUCUUCACUCCAGGACUCUCAGUCGAAAACCCGAUGUUUUAUUUUGACGAUCCAAGGGAAGAAGAUGGGUGCCCUUGCAAUGGAGAAAGUGGAGUAACUACCAGCCAAAAAUCUGUGGAAAUCGAAGAAAUCGUAGAGAAAGCUGUUCUCCCUGUAAGACUCGGUAAAUUCAGAAGGCUCAAUAUGGAUGCAGAGGAUGAUAAUGCAGGAGGAGAGACUAGUAGCAGUAAUUUGGAUGCAAGAAGAUGUUUCUCAAUGGGGUCUUACCAGUAUGUGCUCGGCAACUCAGACCUGCGAAUUACAUUGAACGGUGACAGAAGACUUUCAGGUGGAGCAGAACAGACUGAUAAGCUUUCAGUGGAGGGCGAUAAGGAAGCCAAAAAGAUUACAAGUGUGAGUAAGGGUGAGAGCUAUUCUGUUUCGAAAAUCUGGCUGUGGUCCGACAGGGGAAAAUUUUCUAGUUCUUCGGAUGAUCAAAUGGGCAUGCCAUCUUCUCUCCGCGCAGAUUUGCCUUGGAUGAGGGCAAGGACAACGGAAGGAACCUAAAGAGCUUGGUCAGCGAGGGCGAUUGUUCAGCAAUCUUGGAGCACUCAUCUUGAACCUGUGUUCCAUUCCAUCUUGAUCUGCCCAGUCCAACAAAUUUGUACCAUUUACUCUUCAAAUAUUUACAGCUGACAUGUAUUUACGGCUGUUGAUUGAAUCUGAAUGUGGGAGCCUAUCUGGAAGACAGAGUUGCCCUCAUUCACUGUGUCAAGUUUGUGUACGGCAGGAGUCAAAUGCCAUUGUCAGAGGGGCUUCUUGAGAUCACAUAUCCUUUGUGGGGUCUGAGAACACACUUGGGCUGGACGCUUGGAAGUAGCCAGGGGUGGCAUCCAUGAAAGUUGUGACAGAAAUUGUAUCCUGCGGCGCAGAGAUUAAUUUACCUAAAAAUCUAAGCUCUAGAAGGAGCACCGUGGGGUCGUUUCGAAAGCUCCCGUGCACAUGUUCCCGGCGAAAUUAAGGACUGAGGUAGUUGAAGGUGGUGACACGGAAGAGUUGUGUAGUUGUAGAUGUAUGCAAGUGUUUUCAGGGGACAAAGGAUAUGACUAACUGACAAUCAAGUAAUGAUAAUCGUUUGUUAUUGGAAAAGGCGUGUUAAUCACCAGAAGCAUAACCGACGCUACACGCCAGGAUGGAUCCUCUUGAAGUUCGAUGGAAAUAUACAAAAAGGAACAAGACUUGUCUCAAGAAUGUUGGUUUUCUGUAUCUGUAACCUUAGGGUGUCAAACAUGGGUUCAUAAUUUUUCUUUUAAGGGAAGAAUUCUGAUACGGCAACAACCAAGGUACCGGAAUUUAUUAAAACAGGGUAAUUAUGGUGGUAAAGAAUAAAGUAUUUAAUGAUGGGAAGAGGGGAAAAAGGAAAAUGGAAAAAGGGGUGACAUUGAAAGUGGGGCUGCAAGAGGGGCCACAUUGAGAUAAAAGGGAACAGAGAUGGCUGUGUGGGUAUGAAUACGAAGGAUGGUUGUUUUCCUUUUUGGUGAGGGUAUGGUAAUGGUAUUGGUGUGUAGAGCUUGGGAAUGGAAGGAAUAUUUUUGUAGCAUGCUGGCAACGGCACUCGGGGAAGCAGCAUGUGAAACCAUAUUUGUCUUGACUUGAAGCUCCACUUCGCUUCAUCUGUAUCUGUACGGCAACUCAUGUCAUUUGUCGUGUCGUUUUGGUGU